AUGACUCGCGCAUCAAGAGUCGCAAAGAUCGUGUAUAACAUUGAUCAUCAUCAAGUUAAUGACCAAGGUUUUUCGCAGGUGGCUUAUGGGCUACACAAAAGUGGUCCAUCUCCUCCUGGUCAAGGGCAUCAUCAUGUUAAUAAACAAGGUUUAGGACAAGUGACUUAUGUUAUAGACGAAAGUGGCCCAUCUCCUCAUGGUCAUGGGCAUCAUCAUCAGCAAGUUGAUGACCAAGGUUUUUCGCAUGUGGCUUAUGGGCUACACAAAAGCGGCCCAUCUCCUCGUGGUAAAGGGCAUCAUCAUGUUAAUAAACAAGGUUUAGGGCAUGUGACUUAUGUUCUAGACAAAAGUGGCCCGUCUCCUAGUGGUCAUGGGCAUCAUCCUCAAGAAAAAGAGCAAGGUUUUUCGCAGGUUGCUUAUGGGCUAAAUAAAGGUAGCCCAUCUCCUCCUAGUCAAGGGCGUUAUCAUUUAUAUGAUCCACGUCACCCACCCACCUCAAAAUAG